AUGGACUCGCCGGGCUCAGCGCGCGGCGACGUCUCUUCUCGGCUGCCCGUCCAUCUUCAACAGCCAUCGUCAUCGAGUUUCUCUGAUCCAGAAGUCUUCACCUCCACACACAAUAUCCGUCCUGGACAGACGUUUGUUUCAGUGCAAACACUCACAAAAGAGUCGUUCCAUGUGGCAGUUAGUUCGAAAACCAAAGUACACGACGUCCUCUGGAAAUGUGGCGAACGUCUGUCUCUAUCAGAAGACAAAUUGUUCGGUUUAGCAUUUCGACAACCAACAGAAGGAAUUGGCGGUGAUCAGCCUCGUCAUGAAUACUACUUCCUGGACCCAGCAGCGAAAAUCAUGAAAUAUGCACAGAAACAACCACGAUUCGCUAAUUGGCAUUCAAAGUCCAGUGAAAACCGGCCAAUUUUGGUUCUCUACUUUCGAGUGAGAGUUUACAUUGAUCAGGUUGGAUUACUGACAUGCCCAAAAGCACGAGAACACUACUAUCUGCAACUCAAAGACAACUUUCUCGACCACUGGGCGGGGAGAAAUAGUGUGUCAGAAGAGAGGUGUUGGUACAUGGCUGCCCUCGCUCUUAUAACGGACAAAGGGAAUGACUACCUCGGGUACUUUCGCGCCGAACAGUACUUUCCGUUAUGGGUGAUAAACGAGCGUGGUCUUGAGUAUAUUCGAAACAACCUACCCGCCGCAUGUGAAGACAUUAUCAAUGAAGGACGCUACAAGGCAAUGGAAAAGUUUAUGAUCGAGGCGGGAAGGUCACCGUUCGCUCUUAACUGCCAUUUGUAUGGAUUAAGGAGGCAUAAAAUGGAUAAUACGGAUAACGCGGUGCUCGGAAUCAACGCCAAGGGCAUAGAAAUGUGUGACAUUGGAGAGGAUGGAGACAGAAUUCCGUUGAGAUCUUUGACAUGGAGUCGAGUGGCGAAACUAUCGUUCAAUCGAAAGAAGAUGACUAUAAUUGGGUCGGAUGGUACGAAAAUGUCAUUAUAUGCACAAACAGAACACAAAGCAAGAUAUCUUCUCGAAUUAUGUAAAGCAGUACAUCAGACUUUAUUAGUUAUGUCACACCUCCAUGCAACAAUGGCUCCACCACCAAAGCCAUAUCUAGAAAUGUCAGUAGAUGGAAUUAGUACGUCUUCAACUAGUGGAAUUGGCAGUGGGGAUCAUGAUAAGGAUAGCGAUUCAUUGAGCAGUGCGUGUGGCGAUCGGUGUCAUGGCUCAAUGUCUUCGAAACUCCGUCUUAGAAUCAAAAUGGAUUCGAAUCUCGACGUGAAGAUCGAGAAGAUGGAACUGGAUCCUUUAGAUAUCCGACAAGAACGAGCAGCAUCCCAAUCGAGCAAAGCCAGUGAUGAAAGUGAACGGUCUCGCCUUGAACUUCGUCAUCAGACCUACCAUCCUGCCCACGAAUCUUCAGGCGCCACAUCAUCAACAUAUACAGUAACCACGCCACAAGAUUCCGCUACAAGACCCUCUUCGAUGGAUAAUGCAUCACAAACAAUAGAGUCGGGAAGCACUAGAAGUAUAGUGGAUGUUAACUUUAAUAAUAAAAAUAGAGAGCGACAUGAGUCAUCAACAUCGACAAGUGGUACACACGUGGCAUAUUCAUCUAAAGAAGUACCAUCGUUGCCAGUGGAAACUACAGUAGCCAGUAGCUCAUUAGCAAUGAGUUUACCAUUAGAAACUGAAACAACUCAAUCAAUAAACGACCGAUUGCUGUCAAUGAGCGCAAGUGAUCUACGAGCAAUGGCAGAAAGAUCAUAUUCUCCGCCUGCUCAAUGGAAUUCCAACACGCCAUCAGCAGGAAGCUCAUCACCACCUGAAAUUACGCCAAGAGACAAAAUGACACGAUCAGAAACAAGGAUUGAUUCUCAACAUCAGGAUAUGUGGUUGAAUCAACAAGUAGAAGGAUUCAAUGGAGCACUGGGAGGUACCGGCGGACGGUUUGUUAAGAAGAAUUCAGCAGGAAAUAGGAAUGCAAACGCAAUCAACAGAGUUCAUUCAAUGCCAAGUCAUUAUCAUGUGAAUGGCUAUUAUCGGAGUAACAACCAAAUGCUGAGUACAUAUGAAGAUGUUCCAAUGCACCAUGGUCCAACAUCUCUAACUCAUGCACAUUCUCUUCAUGUUCCUGGAACUGUUGCUCGUCCCAGAAAUCCACCACCGUACGAGUUCCCAGCCCCUGCAAACUUUGCUGUUGGACCGAAGCCAUCAUCCUCUCCACCUCCACCAACCACGAUGACACCGUCUGCAGCAGCUCCUGCUCCAGUCCCAACAGGUCCACUACCUGCAGAAAUCGCUGGUGAUAGACAAGCAUCGUUCCCUCCGGCCAGUGUCACUCCAACACAAUUCCUAGAAGAAACUGGAUCAUUUUCAACUGAGAAAAUGCAAAAUUAUCCUUUAAUUCUACAAUUGUUAAAAGAACAUCGACAAAGUCAAGGGCAGUUAAAUGGAAUUGCAACAACAAGAAAUGGAAUGACCAAUGGAUUCUAUGGAAAUUCACCGGCUGGAAUACUAUCACACAAUCGAAGACCGUCGUCAUGCAUAGAUUUAAGUUCGCUAGAUGGUGGAAUAAUCAAUGGAGGAGCAUUUAUUCUUCCGACGCACCGCGGUGAUUAUUAUUUUGAUUCUGCUACAUUCUCGCAGAAUCUUCAUCUUCCGAACUUUGCGCCAAUAACAGCUUCAACGAAGACAACAUCUUCUACAACAAUGACAUCUUCGGUGAUUUCCACGUCAUCUCAUCAGCCACAACUACACCCACCAUCUCAGCAGUUGAACUAUCAGCAAAGUGUGAAAACAACAAACAACUUUGCUAGAAUAGAACAACACAAUGGGUUUCAGCAAUUUGAUUCUUCCACCGCCUCCACCAUAUCAACAGCCUCAACAACUGGUCAAUUAGAGAGAUAG